AUCAGCCGUAUUGCCCAGCCAUAACAAUCAGUUUCACCGGCAAAUUUUUAUUAGCCAGCCGGUGCGUUCCUAAUCUCGUAGAAAUUUGGGGUUUGUUUGCUAAUAGAACAGGGAUGAUUCAACAAAGGUGCGCUGCUCAGAACGCGUAAAAAGGCUUUACUGUAAUUAACAUUACUGUUAUGUAUUGCCAAUAACAAGCAUCAGUGAGCAUGAACAUUUGAGUGAGUUUUCAUGUACUGGAUGUCAAGUGGAUGUAUAGAAUGAUUUGAUAUGAUCCAGUAGGAAAAAUUUCAGUCCAAAUUCCAGCCAGCAGAUAGCAGCACACAAACUGGAAGUCCACAGGUAGCGUAACAAUGGAGGAAUUGGUGGCAAACUGCAAAGAUGUCAUGUUUGAAAUCGAGCUUGCACUUGACCAGCAGCUCGGCGCAAUGCCUCUGCCGUUUACCGGUAUGGACAAGUCCGGUGCUUUGGCGUGCACGCUCUUCGCUCGUGGACGGUGUACGCGUGAUAAUCAGUGCCCAUUUCGCCAUAUCAAAGGCGACCGUACAGUCGUUUGCAAGCAUUGGCUACGCGGCCUUUGCAAAAAGGGUGACCAGUGUGAAUUUUUGCAUGAAUAUGAUAUGACGAAGAUGCCGGAGUGUUAUUUCUACUCAAGAUUCAACGCUUGCUCGAACAAAGAAUGUCCUUUCCUACACAUUGAUCCCGACUCAAAGAUUCGCGAUUGUCCGUGGUACGAUCGAGGAUUCUGCCGGCAUGGGCCAACCUGCCGCCAUAGGCAUACUCGGCGAGUUGUGUGUAUUUCAUAUCUGUGUGGCUUCUGUCCAGAAGGACCAAACUGUAAAUUUGUCCAUCCGAAAUUCGACUUGCCAGAUAUCAGUCAACUACAGGCUAAAAAAUCCACGUUUACCUGCCAUUACUGCAACGAAUCAGGACACAAACUGUGGCACUGUCCUAAAAUGCCGCCAGACGUCAAAGAAAAAUACCAGCGUGAAAGAGAUGAAGUAGUUGCCCAGAACCAGCAGGCGCAACAGUUCGCUACUCAAUUACGGCAGAGUACCAUGGCUGCUGCUGCCGCUGCUGCAACUACAACUGCCGGUGGUGGGGAUAACAAUGCGAACCUGGGAAAUUCACCGGCGCUGGGGGGCGCAGGUGCAGGAAACCCUGGCGGAGGUGGGCCUGGUACUGGCGGACAUCGCCAAGCAGGCCCCCGAAAUUACCGGCCUCUUGACGAAGUUACUUGUUUCAAGUGUGGCGAAAAGGGUCAUUACGCAAACAAAUGCCCGAAAGGCCACCUUGCUUUUCUCAGUAGUGCCCUGCCUGGAAAUUAAACAAUCAGUAGUUUCAUCUUGAUUGAUUGAAGGCCUUUAGUAAUACAAACGUUUAGGAAUGUAUUCCUUCUUUACUGUACAUAGAAUUAUAGAUAACGAUGGUUCUUACUCAUCAAAACUAUGUAUCGUUGUAUAUAAAAACAGAUGAUGCAAA